AUGCGUCCACGCGAGUUGAUGAAGGAGCUGGACCGCUACAUUGUGGGCCAGAGCGAGGCUAAGAAGGCUGUGUCAGUGGCGCUGCGCAAUCGGUGGCGCCGCCACCAGGUGCCGAGCGACAUACGCGAGGAGAUCGCGCCAAAAAAUAUUCUGAUGAUUGGCCCGACCGGCGUGGGCAAGACGGAGAUUGCCCGCCGCCUCGCCAAGCUCGUAGAUGCUCCGUUCGUCAAGGUGGAGGCCACCAAGUUCACAGAGGUCGGCUUCCACGGCCGCGACGUGGAGAGCAUCAUCGAGGACCUCUAUAAGGCCUCCUUGUCGCAGACAAAGCAGAACAUCCGUCGCCAGCAUGAGGAGGAGGCGAAGUUGAAGGCGGAGGACCGCAUUCUUAAGUCCUUGGCCGGUGUGUCGGACGGCUUCCGCGAGCACCUGCGCAGCGGGGCAUUGGACGACAUCGAGGUCAUGGUUGAGCUUCAAGAGAAGAAAGAGAAACCCAAGACAGCGAGCGGCGAGGGUGUCUUCAUCUCUCUCGACAUCCCUUCCAUGAUGGGCGGGCAGCGCCAGCAGACUGUGAAGAAGGUGAUGAAGAUCAAGGACGCUUUCCCGGCUGUGCUGCAGGAAGAGCUGGACAAGAUGAUGGACACCGAGGACGUCACGGCGGAGGCGCUGCGCGCCUGCGAGGAGGACGGCAUCGUUGUCAUCGACGAGAUCGACAAGAUCGUGACGGCGGCGGGCGGGUACAAGGGUCACCAAGCCUCUGCCGAGGGCGUCCAGCAGGAUCUGCUACCGUUGGUAGAGGGCACCACGGUGUCGACGAAGUUUAAUGUGCAGGUGAGGACGGACAAGAUUUUGUUUAUCUGCAGCGGCGCCUUCCACAGCGUUAAGCCGUCCGACAUGCUGGCGGAGCUGCAGGGCCGUCUGCCCAUCCGCGUCGAGCUCCAGCAACUGAGUAAGGAGGACUUUCACCGCAUCAUCACCGAGCCCCGUUUCAACCUCAUUGCGCAACACAAGGCUAUGAUGGCUACCGAGGGCGUCGACCUCAUCUUUGAAGACGACGCGCUCUGGGAGAUUGCUAGCAUCGCCGCCUACAUCAACUCGACAGUGCAGAACAUCGGCGCGCGCCGCCUCAUCACGAUCACGGAGAAGGUUGUUGAGGAGAUCAGCUUCGAGGGGCCGGAGCGGAGGAGCGAGAAGUUCGUCAUUGACGCCGCGUACGUCAAGAAGGCUGUGGACAAGAUGGUCAAGAAGGUGGACAUCAAGAAGUUCAUCUUGUGA